AUGGACGGGCUAUGCUGCCCACUGCCCAUUGCCACCGACCCUCGUGCUCGCACUCGCUCCCGCCCGCCAGCCCCUCGUUGCAUGCCGCCCUCAAACCCUAGGUCCCCAAUCUCCCUCAAAACAGACGUGGAAAAUGUGCGAUUAUCAUGGCUGCUACAUAGCACUAAACCGCUACUGCCACUGCUGCUGCCCAAAGAUCUGCACUCGCACGCUGCGGAUCCUGGCGAAACUCCUAUAGGUAGCCUGGUGGCACAUGGCCAAAUGGUGCGUAUACUCCCUGCACUACCCAUUUGA